AUGCUUUGGUAUUUGAACAACAAGAAAUCUGAUCCCUCUCUGCCUGAUCCGGCAGGACAGUUCGCCUGGCUGGAGACUACACUGUUGCGGGCUCGUGAAUCCAAUACAAAGGUAUUAUUUAAUGUUAUGUAAAAUGCCUACUGAGGUUAACUUAGUAGCGGUUGUUUUAAUACUCAUUUCUAAAACUCUAGGUGCUUCUCAUAUGUCACUUCCCGCCCGGUGCCACUGAGAACAGCCCUUCAAAGUAUAGACAUUUCUUCGACAACUACAAUGAACGAUUCCUUAAUCUGCUGCGGAGGAACGCAGACAUACUCAUCGGUGGUCUGUUUGCCCACCAACACACUGACACCUUCCGUGUAUUAAAAAAACAGGGUAAGUCUCUGAUUUAAUCCGCUUUUGAUCCUCCUUUGUGUGUCUUACGUCUAACUGAGGGGACUUAUGCAGCAACUUACAUUAACUGCAGAACUCUUUGUAUCUCGGUUUUGUCCCGCGAGUCUUAAACCUUUGAAGAAACGAGCGAUGGGGGCAACAGAGUUUAGUGACUACUGCGUGCGAAGGUGGUCUGUGACGGUGGUAAUUAAUCCCUGUCGCGUACGAAAGGAGCAGUUGUUGAUUAACCAUUUUCGAAUUUACUUUUACUGGCGGCAGCUAAAUAGGAAUCCAGAAUACUACCCUAUAUUAGCUUUACAUGCGAUCGCUUAUCGUGCGGGAAUGUUUGAAGUAGUCCUUCCCGCACCUUCAGUGAAAGCUAGCUGCAAAAUCCGCGGAUCUGAAAGGAUGCCAUUUACACGCACCAGCUUUUCCCAUAAGGGGGUGAACGACUCAGAUAUAACAUGCUCGAGAGUGGUCAUAGAGGCCACAUUAAGAAGGAGACUUUCAUCAUGAUUCACAGUUCUCCCGUC